AUGUUUGCGUCUUCGACCCGUGCCCUGCACAGAACCUCGCGGAGCCUUUCCACAUGGCGUUCUGGAAGGAAAGCAAUAAUUGCACUCCCGUCGCGUGGCGCAGUUCCGAGGCUCCACUCUGGUCUUAUCAUUAACCCCGGCGCCUUGUGGAGUCAUUGUAAUCGAACCAUCACCGACUAUUCCAACGCCAAACGGACUUCCACUGGCAAAAUGGACGGCGCCGCGAUCAUCGCUUCUUCUCUCAAGCACCAGGUUGGAGAUAAACUAAAUAAUGUACCUAAGAAGUGUUAGAAGAUAUAUUUGAAGUCAGUUAUAAGAAACAAGAAAAUAACGAAUUUUCUGACGACUGCUAAAUCCAAAAAAACAUCCUAUCGAAGAAAGAUGUUCUCAAUCUUUAUCUUGUACCUUAAAAACCUUCUUUGAAAGUUCCAAGCUUUUUUUGGACUACCAUGAGGAAAGGAUUGAGUCUGAUAUUCAAUUUAUCUAAAAAAAAAGUGGAAAGUUUGGAUUUCAACAGUUUGAAAAAGAAGAAACCCAAACAAGACCUAACGAUAUUCAUAACCGACUUGUCGUUAGGUCUAUUUUUAUUCUAAUUCUUAGCACAACUUUUUUUUUUGAGAUUCGCACAUACUGAAAAGUUAUUUUCGUUUUCUGAGUGAAACUUAUUAUUAGUUUGAAUUUUAUUCAUGUGUUAUUCUUCUGAAUGUCUAAUUUAUUUUAAGUUCAAUUUUUUUCCUAAGCGUCUUUCUCAUAUCGAAAAAAACAUAAAAGGAAAGAGAAUGACCGAAUUGAUAACACUGAUAAGAGAAUUCGCGUGUGUUAUUGAAUAUCAGCGGGUUGUGACUUCUCAGCAAGAUUCUUUUCAAAGGAACCUGGGAUUUCAGAUGUUUCCAAGAGAAAAUGACUUAAAAAGGAAUUCCAAAAUUUCAUUUGGAAGACUCAAAAAUAUUUUUUUGGCAUAAAUCAAAAAAACGGAAAAAACUCUAUAGCUAUACUACUCUAAAAAUAGUUUAACUCGAACAAAAAAAAAAGAAAGAUCAAAGUGAUUCAUAGUAAAUCGAUAAGAUUUGGAUUUGAGGGUGUCGAAUACAUGUUCGGCGUGGUCGGAUUUCCAGUCAUCGAGGUUGGAAUGGCGGCCCAGGCGCACGGAAUCAAAUACAUCGGAUGUCGCAAUGAGCAAGCUGUGAGUACAUCCGGAAAAUCCAUUCCCGAACUUGAUUCACGAGAUCAGUUCAGGCAGCCUACGCCGCACAGGCGAUGGGCUACUUGACCGGAAAGCCGGUGGCUCUUUUGGUCGUUUCCGGACCCGGAAUCCUGCACGCGAUUGGAGGCUUGGCCAACGCUACUGUCAACUGUUGGUCCGUUUUUUUUGAGGGUUUAUCUUAAAGUCCGCCAGUAGGACUUAAUUAAAAUAAUAUUCAAAUAGUUCAGAGUUUAUUAUUGGUAUCGUAUUGGAAAAUAACCAAAUGAUUCAAUAAUUGCGAAGAUUUCUUUUUUCUUAAGCUUAGAAAACGCUUUUCAAAGUUUCUUAUGGAAAUAUUUAAUGAAUGUCUUCAGCCAAGUGAACAAAAGCGUGACGAAAAAAAAAGUUUGCGUCCGUAAUUUCUACGCACCCUGUAAUAAUAACUUUGUGUAAAAACUCCGAACCGCUCUUUAACCCCUUUUUGUGAUUUGACUUGGUUAAGGCCGGUGAUCUGUCUCGGCGGAACUGCCGACGUCGAUUUGGAAGGCCGCGGGGCUUUCCAGGAAUGGCCGCAAGUCGAAGCAGUACGGAGCGCCUGCAAACACGUUAGUCGUCCGACGACUCUCCAGUCCAUUCCCGCCCACAUCGAGAAGGUCGGAACCAGUCUAAUCAAAAAUAGAUUAGAAUAUUUGUUGAUUAAUAAUCCUCUAACUUGGGGGUUAUUCAGCGAACCACUUUUCAGCAAAAGAUCAUUUAAAAACGACAAAGAUUGAAAAAGAGACCUUUUCAAGAGAAAAAGAAAAUAUAAAAGAAAAUCCUCAAAAUUUCGUAGAAGAUUGUUUUUGAGUUCUGAGUGAAAUGAUCGUUUUUGUUAGGAACUUUAUUUCCAUAACCUCUGAGUUUCUCUCUUCUUGAAAACUGGAUAAAUGAAUAUCUUCCUCAUUUUAUUCGAAUUAUCUUCUCUGUAGGCGGUUCGCGAGUCCUUGUACGGUCGGCCGGGAGCUGUCUACGUCGACAUUCCUGGAAACUUGGUCCUUACCAGUACUGAGGACGAGAUUGUGUUAGUUAAUUCCAAAAAUCCAAAAGAGUUUCUGGAUUUCAGGCAGCCGCCAAAAGUAUCUCUGCCGGCUCCAGUUUCGGUCCCACCAUCGGGAGUCAUUGGAAAAGCGAUCGAGGUGAUCCAGGAGGCCAAGAAACCCCUGGUCAUCGUUGGAAAAGGUGGGGAAAGGUCCACUGAAAAAGCAAAAUAAGUAUUCUCAGGAGCCGCUUGGUCGGAACGGGGAGCGACGUUGGUCCAGCACUUCUUGACGCGCUCCAAGCUGCCUUGGUUGGCGACUCCCGGCGGAAAAGGCGUCUGCAGCGAUCUCAACAAGAGGUCCGCCUCUCCCAAUGAUUCUCCGAUAGGUCAUCCUCAGGUCUGUUGCUCCGGCUCGAUCUCUCGCUCUGAGGGAAGCCGACACAAUCGUCCUCAUCGGCGCCAGACUCAACUGGAUCCUCCAUUUCGGACUUGCGCCUCGGUUCCAGAAGAACGUCAAGAUUGUUCAGGUUUACAGAGAAUAAUUUGGAGCGGCUUCUUGAUCUUUCAUUCAAUUAAAUAGAAGAGUUUUUGCAUUAAAUAAAAUGUAUUGAAACUCAAAAUCGAGAAAGAUAUUAAUUAAUAAAUAAAAAAAGGUUUGAAAUCUGUGAAUUCUUAAUAUUCCUAUAAAGUUGUUCGGAGGUUGACUGCAAAAUUAUUUUUCAUUUUCGCUUUUAUGAUUAUUUCCUAACAUAAAGUAACUUCGAGGACUUGUUCAAAUAUUCCAACUAUCUAUUUUAUCACUGGAAAAUCCUUUCCUGACUUUUUCUGAUUUCAGUUUGACCUUCUAUUUUCUUCUGACUUCAGCUCGACCUCUGUCCGGAAGAGUUCCACCAGAACGUGGAGACGACGGUUCCGCUGCUCGGAGACAUCGGCGAGACCCUCUCCCAGAUGGUCCACCAACUCGGCGACUGGAACUACGACGAGUCGAGUGCCUGGUUCAAACAGCUCCAGGAAAACUCGGAGAAAAAUCGGCAGGUCGUCGAGAAACUCGCCAACGACCACUCCACGCCGCUCAACUACUACGCCGCCUAUCAUCCCGUUCGUCUGAUUACAAAGAAAAGAUAUCCGAGUUCAGAUCCGCGAGUUCCUCUCCAAACACGACGUCUUGGUUGUGAAUGAAGGCGCCAACACGAUGGACAUUGGCCGGACGAUGAUGCCGUCGGUUCUGCCGAAGCGACGUCUCGACGCUGGAACCUUCGGUCGGUUUUCAGGAAAUUGAGUGUCUACCAAGGAUAGGCCUGACCUCACAAAGAGAAAAGAAGGAUAAUAUCGUUUUUUUGAGUUUGAGCUGUCAAUUAUUUUCUUUGAGGGUACUUUUGAGAUUAGAUUCCAAACCAGCGUGAAAAAAAGAUCACUUGGUUUUCAAAUUUCAUUCAGAAUUGUCUUAUUUUUUUAGUUUAGAAAUGACCUGGUUUACGCAGUCUUCAGAGAAGGCUCUCUGCUAAUCACAGAAUAAUUGAAAAUUUUUUUUUUCGGUUGAUAAAGAGAAGCUCGCCUUUUGUGACAGUAUUAUAGAAGUUUUCGGCUUUUCGAAGAUUUUCCCCAGACCUUCAAAACUGAUAAUAUUGAAGGAAUGGUCAGAAAUGGCAUUCUGAUUAUUUAUAGUUGAUUGAGAAAGACAGGAGGUUCAUAACAUGAAGAUGAUCUCCCAACUGUUACAUUUGUUCUGCAGGAACGAUGGGCGUAGGACAAGGCUACGCCCUCGCGGCGGCCCUGUACUGCCGCGACCACUCGCCGAAGACGAAGGUGCUCGUCGUUCAGGGCGACAGCGCGUUCGGCUUCUCCGCCAUGGAACUCGAGACGAUCGCCCGCUACAAACUGCCCGUCGUCACGGUCAUCAUCAACAACAGCGGCAUCUACCGAGGACUUCUGCCCGACGACAUGGCCAGCGUCGAGGGAGACCUCACUCUGAAGUCUCCUUCCUUCCAUUUUUCAUCGAAAUGCGAAUACUUUCAGCCUGCCUGUCCUUUCUCUGACAGCCGAGUGCCGCUACGAGAAGAUGUGUCAGGCUUUUGGAGGCGAAGGUCACUUCGUUCGCAGUGUUCCUGAAGUGAGUCUGUUCAUCGCGGAAUUUCGAACGAUUUUCCCUGAAGAUAAAAUGUAAAAAUGACCCGUGAAACGAUCCCAAGGAUUGAGGGAUCGCAUAUAAAUCAGGCUAUUUCAAACUGUUGUUAAUAGAUUAUCACUUCGGCUAUAGUCCAUUGGCAGUUUUCGCGUGUCUGCGUCUCUUUGUUCCCUCAUCGGAUCAGAGGUCAGAGAAAAAUGGUAAUAGCACGUAAACAGAAGAGAGACGUCGAAAGUUAAGGAGGGCGCAGAGAAGUCCCUCCCUUUCAUUUGGCGAAAAACAAACUAUACCUACGUUUUCGAACUUCAGAGUAAAUUUAGAAAUCAGAAAAGCCGUGAAUUGAAUUCAUCUGUAUAACUGAAAGAAUCAAGUUUGGUAGACUGCAGAGCUUUCAUUCAUAAAAUUCAAACAUAUCUUUCAGAUCAAGGAUGCUUUGGAGAAGGCUUUCGCCAAGACGGACGGCCCCACAGUCAUCAACGCCAUCAUUUCAACGGACUCCGAGAGAAAGCCCCAGAAAGAUCAUUGGCUGACCCGCUCCAAGAUGUAA